ACACUGUUGACAACUUCCUGUAAACUGGACCUGACGGACUACCCGUUUGAUUAUCAGAAUUGUACUGUCCAGAUUGUAGCUAUGACUCUCACGACAAAAGAAAUGACGUUUGUUGCCUCGACAAACAAGUCUCUCCUGGACUUUUUCACGACCAAUGGCGAGUGGGAGUACCUGGACUCUAGUCUUACGACAUCGUUUAUUAACACGGGGACAUGGAAUAUAUCCUCCAUUGAAAUAACGUUUAACAUGAAGAGGAGACCCACCUUUCUCCUGAUCAACAUUAUCCUCCCUGUCGUGUUUCUCUCUUUCCUCAAUCUGCUUGUCUUCGUCAUUCCUGUGGAGUCUGGAGAGAAAAUCGGUUAUGGCAUCACAGUGCUUCUGGCACUGUCUGUCUACAUGAGCAUCGUCAGUUCUCUACUGCCCAGCUCCUCACUGACCACACCAAAGCUGACCCUCUACCUCUUCAUCCUCCUCAUCAUCUCCAUGCUCACUGUUAUCGAUAGCAUCAUCAUCGUCUUUCUUCACAAUUUGGAGGAGAAAGAGGUCGUUCAUCUCAAGGCACAAGAACAUUUUCAAUCAGUUUUUAGCAAAGUCAAAAACCUUCAAAGGGCAGUUACUCCAGCAACAAAGAUGUCAAGGAACAUAAUCCAUGUCAUGCAACAAGGGAAACAAUCCUUGGCAAACGUCAAGGAAGCAACGUCAUUCAGCGAAGAGGCACCGCCAUAUUCUUCCACGGAGAAAUCAUCCAAUCAGGAUGAUAGUCGAGAAACACCUCGCAGGAACAAGUACAAGAUGAUAGGCAAACACAUAGACGCUAUCUCGUUCGUUGUGUUUUUUGUUAUCUGGAUCUCUGUGACUCUGGGCUUCUUGUUCGACAUCGCUGUCUAGAGUCACAAAAAUAUCAAAGUGGAAAUCUGUGUGACUCUUGGCGUCCGGCUAAAGAUUGUCCUGUA